GACCUGAAGAUCACUGAAGUCAUGAUUUGUUGUAUUUUUCAGAGUUCUCAGAUGUUUUGAACGCGAUAUAUGGCUUUGUGGCUGUGGUAACUAGUCUGACUUUUUGUACUACUACCCUUUAAUAUUUUGUUUUAACGGAAAGUAACCAUAUUUCUGUUAGUUCUUGAGAUAGUAUAUACAAACGUCCAUAUUUAGUAACAACUUUCGGGAGUUAAUUUUUCUAAAAUCCACCAACUCGGAAGAAAGCGCGAAAUCAACAGUUUCCAUGGCGACGAAGCUUCGCUACUACUUGUUGCUUGCAGGCGCUGGUUGAUUUUCACAUGCUAUCCCACACGGCUAGCUAGCUAACCAAGUGAUAAUGUCAUCUGGAUCCCAAAAUUCCAUAUCCAAAGAUAGUCAUUUAUCUAUUUACAAAGCCUCUGAAUUGUUUGAUGAUGGAUUAUUGCACGAGAUUCCAACAACAAGUACAAAUGACACCAGUACUGUCACUAGAAGGUACAACAAUCUGGAAGAGUUGAGUGAGGAGCUCGACAGACGAACCAAGGAGACCCAAAUGCUGCAAGAAGAGGUGGAACAUGCAACUAAAAUUACUAUGGAGAAAAUGGGCCGCACAUGUCCCAGCAGCUCACCCUCACAAAUUAAUUACUUUCCUAUGUUUAUGGAUGGUUCAUCGGAGGAGAACUCAGAAGUGCUGUCACCGUACCGACAGUCUGUGAUCCAGCCUCUUACAUAUGGCCUGGAUGUGGAACUGGUCAGAAGUGGCAUAACUUUCCCUGGGAAAGAUGUUUUGGACAAUGCAAUAGGGGACUACUCUCAACAGGUGUCAGAGCUCCAUAAGCAGCUGAGUGAGACACAUGAGCUUCAUGAACAGCAGAAGUUCUACUUCCGCCAGUCCAUCAUCAAGCUGCAGACAAAGUUGCAGGAGGUCCAGAUUGAGAAAGAUGCCCUGACUGAUCUAAGAAUGAAAGAGAGCAGAAAACAGGCAGAUGUAAUUGGGAAAAUGCAAGCAAUGAUCAGGGAGCUGCAAGUCACUAAACAGACCUGGGACCAGAGGCUACUGGAGGCUGAGGAUGAAGCAAAGUCACAAAGCAGGAGAGCAGAGUCAAUGGAGCGGACACUACAGGAGGUGUACUCCACGCUGUUGGCUUAUGAAAAACGCUGUGGAAACAAUUCGUACACCAGCCAGGACGCACUGGGUGUUGCGGUGGAGAAAGUAUUACAGGACUUGGAGCAUGCAAAUCACAAUCUGAGAGAAAGCCUUCUGCUGCUGAAGGAGCAGAUGGAGACUCAAGAACAGAAAUGCCAAGGGAAAGCAGAGAUAAUGUUGAAGGAGCAAAGGGAAAGAAUGGAGCAGUUUAUUACCAGUCAUGACCAGGAGGUGGCGAUAUUGACUGAGAAAUUGAGCAGCUCCAGAAGCAGUGCCUCCAGCUUGUGUGUCCAGGUGGAGUUGUUACAAAAAAAAGGUGAAAGCCAGGCUUCAGUGCACCAGUGUCAGGUCAAUGACUUGGAGUCAGCUCUCUCCAUCCUGCGCUCCGAUCUACUGGAUGCCCAGCGGGGCCAUGAAGACAAGGUGGGUGCUCUGGAGAUGCAGUUGGCCGAGGCCCAGUCACAGGUGGGGGAGGCCCAGAGAGGGAGAGACAGAUCUCUCCAGCAGGCAGAGGAGCUGGACUCUCGGCUCUGCCAGCUCACGUUGUUGGGCGAGAAGCAUCAGCGGGAGCAGCAGGAGGAGCUGGCUGUGCUGCGAGGGGAGCUGGAACUGACCACAGACCAGCUGAACAGGGCCAGGGACGAGGAGCUGCGGCUGCAAGCCCUGAAGGGUAACCAGGACAAGGAGCUGAAGAGGGUCCAGGCGCUGCUGGAGGAGAGGGACAGGGAGCUGCAGCUGAGGCAGCAGGAGGCGCAGCAGGAGGCGCAGCAGGGACGGGCCAGGCUGGAGGAGUUCCAGGGCCGUUGCCAGGCCCUCAGGGCAGAGACUGAGGUGCUGAGGCUCAAGCUGGAGGACAGGGAGAAAAUGGUGGACCUGCUGCGGCUGCAGAUGGAGAGCACCACCCAGAUGACGGUGCAACAUGGACGUAGCAUCGACUCCCUGCACAAAGAGAAGAGCUGCCUCAGCAACCAGCUCAAUGAGCACAAGCUGGAGAUCCAACAGCUAAGGACAUGCUUGGAGCAGCGUGAGGAGUGUUUGGCGGUGCUGGAGCAGGAGAGGCGAGUGCAGCAGGCUGGCCUGUCCAAACAGAGCUGCUGUGUCAAGGAGCUGACGCUGGAGAAACAGCAGCUCACCGCUGAGCUAGAGGUGCAACGCAUGCAACUGGUCCGCCUCACAGAGGAGCAUGAGGAGUUGAAGAGGCUCCACAGCAGUAAGAGUGAAGAGCAGGAGGGUGUGGUGGUGGGUCUGAAGGCCCAGCUGAAGACCACCCGGGCUGAGCUGGACCAGGCCAGGAGCACCCUGAGGACCCUGGAGGGAGCGGACGGACACGGCCUGAAGGUUGCCAUGGGGAUGCAGAAGCAGAUAACAGCCAAGCGGGAACAGAUCGACUCUCUCCAGGGCCGAAUUCAGCUCCUGGAGGAGACCAUGGACAAACUGACCGAGGAGAAGCGUUACCAGAGUCUAGAGAGUAAGCGUCAGGUCCAGCUGCUGGCUUCAGUCACUGAGGAGAAGAGACAGGUGGCAGCAGAGGUAGAGACCGUCCGCUCCCUGGAGAGACGGCUCAGGGAGAAAGUCGCCAAACUGGAGACGGCCCUACACAAGAUGUCUGAGAGCUUUGUCCACUGUCAAGACUUCAUCCAGUUGCAAGAGCAGGAGAUUGUAGGUCUGAAGCUGCAGCAUGCUCUGGAUGUGAAGGAGCUGCAGGGCCAAAACCUGCGAGCCACAGGUAAUGCUCAGCGUGCUUCCCUCUCCAGCCCAACAGCCCCGACUGCACUACCCUCCACCCAGCACGGCUCGAAGUGCCUGCUAGAGUUGAAGCCUCAGCGGCUGCUGGAAAGCCCCACCAUGGAGCUGCGGUCCCUAGUCAAAGAGCUGCGAGGUGUGAUUUCUGAGAACCCCGGACCACACACCAACAGAAGCACCCUCAGAAGGAGCUCUGCUCCAGAGAGGGAUCACAGGACCACACUCAACGAAGUGACAAAGAAUGUUACAAGCAAUGCCAAUAUGACAAAGGGGACCAACAGCAGUGGUGUGCCUCACCCCCUUAGGACAACUGAUCUGGAUGAGCGGAAUUUAAACAGCACCUUCUCAAGCGCGAGCCAUGACUUAUCUUUUGCUGUAUCUCUGCCUUGCUACACUUCGUCCCCUCGAGCCAUGGCACUGGGCCGCAGGUCCCCUGUACAUUCACUUCUGACCUCUGACCCCAACCCCACACCUCCACCACAGAGCAGGCCUCAGGCAGAAAGCCCUCUCACAGACACGCACACCUUGGCCAAUCUGCAGGCUGAGUUGACAGGAGACACAUGCAAGCACUUGCAAGGAAAACUGGACAGCCUCCAAAACAUAGUGGAGGACUUGCAGAUGAAGAACCAAGAAAUGUCCUCUAUGAUAAAGGGUCAAGAGAAGAGGAUGAGAAAUGUCAAAGACAAAAGGAAGCUUUAGAAAAAUCAAGGCUCUGAGUGAAUGAGUACUUGUGUAACAAAAAUAAACUUGUAUUUAAAAAAUAAAGGCACUCUAUGAUCA